AUGCCAGGCCCUAGUAACCACCUGAACAAGCACGUCUGUGCGAGCGCAUACACCCACCACCGUCACAUGCAGCUCUGGAUGGGGUGGGAUGGAAAGAAUCAACGGCUCGCGCCUGGUGGGCGAAAUACGUUCGCUGAUCCCACACACGGCGAGCACUUCUCGAUUUGGGUGUGGACAGGGUAUGAUGGCGGCGCGCGGCGGGCAAAUUCCCGCGUGCCAGGGAGUCACCGCCCGGACAGCACAGAUGGCGCCCCGCGGGAGGAGGUCGCGGCCGAAGACGCUGCAGGGAUUUGUGCUAACACGAAUAAUGAAGUGGCCGAGGUGAGAGCGGGCGGGCCCGUGUGCGAGUCCUGGGUGCGUGGUGUUUUGUCGGCAGGCAGGCACUCCUCAGGGUGCCUAGCAGGAGCCAUCGCUCUUCACUUUGUCCCUAAUCUCUCCUCUGACACUAAACGCACCAUUCGCACCACGCAUUGUUCUCCCGUGGUGAAAACACAACUCUCCUUCCUGUGGAUCUAA